CACAAAAUUGACCGGUUAAAACUAAACGUUUCCAUGAGUGAAAACCGACUGCAGCAGACUAAACAGAGCCCAGGCUCUGAAACGUGAAGACCGCAGGACGUUUCUGUGAUUUAUUGGGUCGCAAAUCUUUGUUACGACUCGGCUGAGCCUCGUGUCAGGUACCGGACGACUCAAACCAAUCAGAACCCAUCAUCUCUGGUGUGACCUCGAUGAUGUCACGGAUCUACCGUCGGAUGAAGGGAACCAUGACUGUAAAGAAAGAGUAUACCAUCCUGGUUUCCUGCAUCCUUAUUCAGUCGGACCAGAUUCAAUUUGUUUGACAGAUUGAACCGGAGAAUCUCUGAAGGGAGGAAAGAGUUAAAGCUUCUUCUGGCAGUCUGAUGGGAGGUGGGCUGGGGGUUUGGGAGGUGUUGGAGGAAGGCGCCCUGUCUCCUCCCCUCCUGCUCUCCCUCUCUCUCUGCCACCUCCUUCUGUUGAUAGCCAUAUUCCCUCAUUUCUUCCUGCAGGGGGGACGGUACGGAGCGGAGGAGCGAGGCACUGACUGAGUCUCCACGAGUUCACGUCUGCAGUCAGGAACACGACCCAAACAGCCAUAGGAAUGGAGCUCUGCUCUCCGCUGCACUAGCUGUUCUCUAAUUGGCUGAGCUCUGACAUCCCCCCCGCCCCCCCACCACCAUCAUGGCUCACCUGUUCCUCGCCAGCAAGAUCACCAUGCCGGACGACCUCUACGCCAAAGGGGGCGGAAGGAUCCCGAGGAACGCCGUGAGGAUACCGACGUCCAUCUCGGCAGAGAGGCUGAGCCGGGAGAAGACCAGGAAGGACAGUGCUGUCGUCGUGACAACACGUAUCCCGCACGUCAACGAGGUCCAGCUGACGGCGGCGACCGGCGGCGCGGAGAUGUCCUGCUACCGCUGCGUGGUGCCGUUUGGCGUGUUUGUCCUCAUCGCCGGCGUCGUGGUGACGGCGGUGGCCUACACCUUCAACACCCAUGGGUCCACCAUCUCCCUGCUCGGACUGGUGCUGCUUUCUGCAGGGCUGGGCCUGCUGGGAUCCAGCGCCAUCUGCUGGAGGCUCCGACUGAGGAAGAAGAAGGACAAACGAAGGGAGAGUCAAACCGCCCUCAUGGUCAGCCAGGGUUACUGCGUACCCUGAUCUCCUUGAAGUUUGGACAGUCAAACCUCAAGCUCUUCAUUUCAUGCAGCAGAUAUCUUUAACGGUUUAUAACUGAAUGCACCACACAGAUGCCAUACUACGUCACCAGGUUAACAGCUCAUAACCCCUGUCCUUCAUGCUCAACGACUGAAGAAGCAAGCGGUGCCUCGGUGGACACCUGACGGUCUGUGAAGGCCAAAAAAACGAGUUCCCUGAAAGCUGAUGGAGGAAAUGAGACCAGUUGGUCUCUGAACCAGAAGUUUGGUUGGAGCUAACUAAUUUCACGUGACCAAAUAGUUAGAAUGUCGGUUCAUAAAAAAAAACAAAAAAAAAAAAACUAAAGAUUUCUUGAAACUUGUGAUGAAGCAAGAUGACAAAACCACAAAAUUAGUUAAAAAAAAACCUGUAAAUCAUUGACCAGUCAAUCACUGAGGGUGAAGUGCAAAGUCUUCUCUUUUGUUCCUAAUAAAGACGUCAGUCUCGUUAAAACAAACAUGACAAGAGAUCAGUAUGAUCUGGCUUGGAGGUGUACAGUUUAUACAUAUUAUACAUUGAUAAGCUAUACACACAGUUAGAAUGGUACUCUACAAUAUGUAUGUUGAGCCACUUUUUUGUUUCUCUCUGAAUUGGGCUCAUUUGUGACCUCUGUUCAUUCGUCGGAGGUUCCGUCGCACCCCGUUGGAAAUGCAUCAUUUAAACCGAGGGUGAAUACAGAGAAGUUUCUGAAGACGUUUCCUCUCUGCUGUGGGGAUUUGCUUCACAGAACCGACAACAUGGCUCGUUAAUGCCACUUUGAGAAAAGUGUAAGUGAUCUUACAGAAUCAUGUAGCAUUUCUUCAAACAGGGUGAACGGAAAUAGGCACUGCUGGUCUUGUUUUUGUUUUUCUGGAAGAUUCUAAAGGGUAAUAGUUGAUAAAGCAGUGAAAUGAAAACUAGAACUGACGAUGCAGGUAACUUUUUUUUUUUUUUUUACCAUAAAAAGAUGUGCAGGUGUGUGCAGUGUUUUACUUUAUGACUGAAUACCUGAGUGUUGAGGUCACAGCUGGGCCCAAUUUCUUGCAUGCAUGCCUGUUUUGUAUGACACGUGCACUAAGUUAUGUCACACAGAUAUUCCUCCGUUAUAGCUCGAUUUUAUUUAUUCUGUCAGUGACUGGAACUAUAACUAUUAAAACGAAGAUCUGGUGCCAAAA